AUGGCUGUGAUUUUGAAUGAAUUUGAAACCAGUUCGGAGGGUACUGCGCACAACGGAGAAGAUGACAAUGUCAGCUGGGAGCAGUACUUGAAAAGGAGAAACCUUGUUCUGCAGUUCCUGCACUCCGACCUGAACCUCAGCCACCUCCAGCACUACCGGAACAAAGUUGAGCUUUUGAAGAAGUGUUGCUUUUACUUGGAGAUUGAGCCCAAACAUGUGAACGUGACAGACCACAACCACGAGAUGCAUCACAUUGACAUCCUGGAAGUAAUAGACCCCAUCCAAUGGGAGAGAAUGAAGAAGGUGGGAAAAAAACAGACUGAAAUCCAGCUGUCGCUUUUAACCGAGCUGUUGGAACAGCUGGAACGAGGCCGGGAGGAGCUGAGCUGUUGCAUAGAGACCUGUGACAUGGUAUCUCUCCUCUCUGGGUGGGACAUGAUUAUGCAGAGACUGUCCAAGCUCUCCAAGUUUAUGGAAACUCUCCUUCCCUUGCAAGUGCCAGGAAAGCUCUAUGUCAAGCGCCGUUUGGUGUCACAAGCAGAUCUUGCGUCUAUACUCCCCGCCAUUAAGCUUUCUCUCUGUACAAAGACGCCACUGAUUUUUGAUCGAAGAGAAUCAUUUGCAUACAAGGACCGGGUCAAGCUCAAGUGGUUUAGUGAAAAUCAAGAGUCAUUCCUCGAACCAUGCCAACUGCACAUUAAGUUACUGACAAAUGGGAAUCAGGCAGAAUUGGGAUACGGUAGGCUUCAGCCAGUCAGCUCCAACACAUGCAUAGUCCAGGACCUGCAGCCUGGCAGAUCAUACGAAUUCACAAUUAGAAGAUCACGCACUCGCACAUUUGUCUUUGCAGACUGGCACGACAGCAUUACAUUGAAGACAAAACCUGAUGCUGUUGAAGAUGCGGACAGCAGCGCUUGGGCACCAGAAGGAUAA